AUGGCUGAUGGUGAUGAGAAUACUGGGCGUGGAAACUGGACCAACAAGAGAGAAUAUAUCCUCUCUAUGAUCGGCUAUGCUAUUGGCCUGGGAAAUAUCUGGAGAUUUCCAUUUAUAGCCUAUAAGAAUGGAGGAGGUGCAUUUCUCAUUCCCUAUUUCGUGACGUUGUUUCUCUGUGGAAUCCCUUUUUUCUUCCUGGAAAACGCCAUCGGUCAGUUCUGCAGCCAAGGUCCAAUCAACAUGUGGAGAGCAGUGCCGAUACUGCAAGGUGUCGGCUUUUCCAUGGUUACGAUGAACACAUUUGUGUCAAUUUAUUAUAACGUUAUCGUCGCCUACAGCCUGUACUACAUGUUCGCCUCCUUCCAGUUUCCUCUGCCGUGGUCCAGCUGCUUCAGUAACUGCAGCACGAUUCUCGUGGCUCUGCAGAGAUCCAGUGGUCUAGAUGAAACAGGACCAAUAGUUUGGCACUUGGCCCUCUGUCUGCUGCUGAGCUCCAUACUUGUUUCUGCAGCGCUCAUCAGAGGCAUCAAGUCAUCGGGAAAAGUUGUGUAUUUCACAGCUACGUUACCGUAUGUGGUGAUUUUGAUCCUGCUGAUCAGAGGUGUGACACUGGAGGGAGCGCAAGAUGGGAUCGAGUUCUACAUUGGUUCACAAUCCAAUUUGACUAAACUGACAGAAGCACAGGUCUGGAAAGAUGCAGCAACUCAGACUUUUUUUUCCCUGUCCAUUGCAUGGGGUGGUAUUGGGACCCUUGCUUCCUAUAACAACUUCCACAACAACAUGUUUCUGGAUUCAGUUGUUAUAACCCUCAUUAACCAUGGUAGCAGCGUGUUUGCAGGCUUUGCCAUUUUUUCAAUUUUGGGUCAUAUGGCUCACAUCUAUGGAAAGCCAGUUGGAAAAGUGGUGAAGGAAGGGUUUGGCCUGGCAUUCAUUGCAUAUCCAGAGGCUCUGGCUAAGCUUCCUGUUUCCCCUCUGUGGUCUGUCCUGUUCUUUUUAAUGCUUUUCAUAGUUGGCCUGGACACUCAGUUUACACAAAUAGAGGUGAUAACCACCUGCUUGUUUGACGCCUUCCCUGAAAUCUUCAAAUCCAAACGGGCCGUACUGACUAUAGGGACAUGUGUCAUCGUCUUCCUCUUGGGCCUGCCAUGUGUCACAAGGGCAGGAAUAUACUGGGUAACUCUAAUCGACCAGUUUGCUGCCAGCUGGAUAAUGCUUAUUGUGGCUUUCAUAGAGGUCAUUGGCCUCUGCUACAUAUACGGGGGGAACCGUUUUAUUGAAGACAUUGAGAUGAUGAUUGGAAAUAAAAGCUUCUGCUUUUGGCUGUGGUGGAGAGCAUGUUGGUUCUUCAUCAGCCCCUGCAUCAUUCUGGUGAUCUUGUUCUGGUCUCUGAUAAACUUUGCCCCCCCCACCUAUGGACAAGUCCACUAUCCAGCCUGGGGCUUGGCUCUGGGUUGGUGCAUGGUUGCAGCCAUCCUCAUCUGGAUCCCUGUUGUCGCUGGUUACAAGCUGAUAAAAGCAGAGGGAAGCCUCUGGAAGCGUCUGAAGUUUUUGUGCUCUCCUUCAGAGGAUUGGCAUCCCUACCUGGACAUCCAUCGAGGAGAACGUUACUCAAAAGAACGCUGCCGCCAGCAAAAAGCAGUGUCAACAAAUGAUAAACAAAUGUAA